CGUCACUGUUUCAGCCAUGAUGGUUUAACAAAAUUGCCAAGCCUCGUGCAGACGAAAAAAAAUUACGGCUUUAGUAAAAGGAAUCUCUGUUUAGAGUCGCUGCCGAUGUUUGGCGUAAUAUAUACAUGAACGAAGAAGAGGUGGACGAAAGAACCAGUCUAAUGUCGGGCGAAGUAGUCACUCAGGCUUUUGAAAAUAACAGAAACAUUGGUGAUCGUCGGACUCCAAGAAAUGGAGAAAAUAACGAAAUAACAGAUGUGUUUGAAGAUAGUAAUGAAAGGUCAUCAAGGGCACGUCAGAGAAAUCAGGGGAGAGAACCAAGGGUACGAGAUGUAUCACCCCAUGACAGUGAAAUGGAUGAAGAGGAGAUGCUCAAAUAUGGAGCCAAGAGUGUUAUGAUGUUAAUAGUUCCUGUGUCAACCUGUAUGUUGGUCGUUGUAGCAACUAUAGCAUCAGUCACAUACUAUACACGGAAAGAAGGCACAUACCUUGUGUACACACCAUUUCACGAGGAUGGAGACAUUAGCCAGGCAAGGAAGGCUGGAGAGGCAAUAGCAAAUGCCUUCAUAGUGAUUGGUGUUGUUCUGGUUCUCACCAUUGUCCUUGUGCUGCUGUAUAAGUUCAGAUGCUAUUGUGUUAUAUCAGGAUGGCUGGUGCUAUCAUCUUUAAUGUUGUUAUUCUUCUUUGGCUACAUUUAUUUCCAAGAGGUGCUGAAGGUGUACAAUGUAGCAAUGGACUACUUCACAUUGUCACUGAUACUCUGGAAUUUUGGGGUCGUUGGGAUGAUUUGCAUACAUUGGAAAGGACCCCUUAGACUACAACAAGCAUAUCUUAUCUUAGUUAGUGCUUUGAUGGCUCUGGUGUUUAUCAAAUUUUUGCCAGACUGGACUACUUGGGCAAUAUUAGCAGCUAUUUCACUUUAUGAUUUGUGUGCUGUUCUAUGUCCCAAAGGGCCUUUGAAGAUUUUGGUGCAAACUGCACAAGAAAGAGAUGAGCCUCUCUUCCCAUCACUAAUUUACUCCUCUACCAUGAUGUGGUCAAUUGGUAUGGCUGAUAGAGACAACAGUGGAGGUGCAAGAGUGACAUCAGUCACGCGGGUUAAUUCAGAAGACGAAGAAGAAUCACUAGAGUCAACUGAAGGGGAAGGACCCACAAAUGAGGCUGCAGAAAAUGCCAUAAGGGCCCUAGGUUCACAAGAGGAACAACAAGAACUAGCAAAUGAUGGUCAAGAUGAUGAAGAAGAAGAAAAGGGUGUAAAACUAGGCCUUGGAGAUUUCAUAUUCUACAGUGUUCUGGUUGGCAAAGCAUCCUCCUAUAAGGAUUGGAACACAACAAUUGCUUGCUUUGUAGCUAUACUUAUAGGCCUGUGCCUAACACUCCUUCUUCUAGCUAUCUACAAGAAAGCUCUACCUGCUUUACCAAUAUCAAUUACCUUUGGACUUAUUUUCAACUUUGCCACUACUGAGCUGGUUAAACCAUUCAUGGACAGCUUGUCAAGUCAGCAGGCGUUCAUUUGAAUAUUUGGCACAAUAAUUAUCAUAAUUAUGUUUUGUAUUUGAAGCUGAAGAGGAAAAUUGCUAUUGAACUAGAAUUUGCUUAUUUUUGGGGGCCAUCUAUGUAAGUAAUAAGGCUGCAUUACGUGUAUUUCAAACAUUUUUUUUAAAAAAAAUAGCUGAAAAAAAUGAAAAAAGAAACACUGAUAUAUACACAUUUUCCUCCAUUCGUGAUAGAAAUUUCAUGUAAUUGUUUAAGUUGAAUUAUUUAAUAUGUACUUAUCUUGAACAAAGUUUCAUGGACAUUGCUCUUAGAAUCUUCUGACGAAUGGAAAUAAUGCAUCCAGCAUCAAAAUAAUGGAUUAUUCUGUAUUCACGACACAGGUGGUAUUUUCUAAAGUAAUUAUAAUGAUUAGAAUAAAACACACAACAAUUUUCCAUGAUGUUGC